GUCAGCAUCUGUGAGCACGCGACGUUUGACGUGUGCUUGUCUGCGCGGUAAAAGUGAAUACGAUCUACGAAAUAAUUUUAUGUGGUUAUAAUUUCUCGCUGAUGCUGCAGAAUGGAACGUGUACUUAUUGCUAUAGCACUGCUGACGGCCAGGGUGAAUGCUGAGAACUCCACGUUGUCACACGACGCAGGGGCAUCGGACACAUGUGGGGCGAUAGGCUUCGGACCAUGGAGUCAGGCACUAGAGGACUGGGUCACGUCCGCGCAUUCCGAUAGACACGGUCGAAUUAUGGCGCUCCCAUCUUCAAAAGGAUAUUACGUGACCGAGCGUAUCGACGCACCUUAUCUGUCACCACCACCACCUAUCCACUCACCCCACCCGCAUACGUCCUCAAACUAUGGUCACGGACCCCCGAAUCAGGGACAAUAUUCCUCGAAUCAGGGCUACAUGCCGCCGAAUCAGUCCCCGCCCCAGGGCCACAUCCCUCUGACCUCCAGUCACGCAUCCAACCAGGGGCCGAUGCCCCACAGCAAAGUCCCCAAGCCCCCCGGCAAGGCGCCGCACUACGCCGAGUGGGCCAACGCGCCGCCCGGCGCCGGCAAGAUCGUCAACCGGCCGCCCGCCAAGCCCGCGCCGCCCGCGCUGGACCGCGUGGACGAGCCGCCGCGCAAGCACGUGUCGGAGACCGACCUGUUCCUGCUCAGCGCCAUCGAGAAGCUCGUGUACCGCGCCGACCUCAUGGAGAAGAGGCUGCGCGCCGUGGAGGACGGCCUGCAGCACCUGCUGGUCCAGCCGACGCCCGGCGUCGAUCACGAGCCGUGCCCGGCGCCGUUCGCGCGCGCGGGCGCCGCGUGCUACAGCGUGCGCCGCGCGCCGCGCGACUGGAAGCGCGCCGCGCAGGACUGCCGCGCCAUGCGCGCCGCGCUCGUCGAGCUGCUCGCCGCCGGCCAGCGCCGCGCGCUGCUCGCCCACCUGCUCUCCGCCGACGGGCAAAAGGGCUCGGACUACUGGACGGGCGGUCUCAACCCGGGCCUUCUGUGGAUCUGGUCGCACUCGGCGCGCCCGUUGACGCUCGAAGACGACAACGGCGUCGGCGGCGAUCAGACCGGCGUGUCGGUGCCGGGCGCCGGGCGCUGCCUGGCGCUGGUGUGGGACGCGGCGCGCCGCGCGCACGUGUACCGCGGCCGCGACUGCGCCGACGAGCUGCGCUACGUGUGCGAGCGCCUGCCCGACGCGCCGGCGCCGAGCACGCGCGACGCGGGCCCCGCCCCCGCGGCCCCCGCGGCCCCCGCGCCCGCCUCGCCCGCGCCCGCGACCAACUCGACCUCGGCGCCGAGCACGUGACGUAGUGUUCAAAGAACACCUAGUACAUUACCUUCUAAAUUAAUGCACUUAUGACUAUUUGUGUUUGCGGCGCAGUAUUCGGAUCUGCGGAUUCCGCGUGUUAGUGAGAAGCUUUACCGCUUACGCUAUGUUCUAGUCUCAGUCGUAAUUAAAUUUGAUUCGAUUAUAAUUUUUGAUGUAACAUUAAAUUGAAUACAAAUACCUAGUUAUGA